ACUUGUCUUUCUUCAGAAAAGCGUUUGAUACCCUGAACAGAUCUACUCUCAUCCACUUCUGGCUAGUCACGAAGUUCCAAGCAAGACUGCGUUGUCUCGCGUAGUUAUCUGGUACGCUUAGUCAGCAUGCGUAUCUCCCUACAUCAAUGCGUACCUUCCAUUGCUCACGACCCAUCGCGCCUUCUCCAAUUUACCGCUUGGAAGCUCUACAUCCAACCCUAAUCAUACCAAUUCAGAGUGAAGAUUUGUACUCGCAAGUCCAGCAAUGUCGCAAAAGACAUCUCCCUAAGUCGAGACUCCACAACCUCAAUCCGAGAUGAUGUCGCUACUGGAACUCCCGGGAGACAUUCGCAACAUCAUCUAUGGCUUUUGCAUGAAUUGUCUGCCCCGCGACCGGCUAUGUCUCACACGCGCCAUGUCAACACCCCAGCAACCUCAAGUACAACCGCAACCCCAUUACAAAAGCCUUACGCAAGCCAGCAAGCAACUUCGCAACGAGUUUCUUCCGUUGUAUAUGAAAAACAACCUGGUAUAUGUCACCCUCGAGGAACUUCCCAGUUACCUCGCCACCUUCUUUCCUGAAGCCACGAACAAGACCAUGCAGACCUACAUCGGCAACUUCAUAGCUAUUGUUCCUGCGGAGCCAAUUCGGAGAUUUGACGUCUUCCCAUUGGUGCGCCUGCGCACGUAUGCGCCGAGGGUCUCCUUCGUUUUCCAAUGGUUUAUGUCUUACGUUAAUGCACGGCUUGCAUCAAGGGUCAAGAUUCUGAACUACCUGACGUCUGCCGAUGCUGCGCCUUUCAUAAUCUCAAGGUUGGCUUCGAUCGGGACCUUGGGUGUAUGUCUGGAACCAACAGUUGUAAUCCGGGGCAGGACGUGGACGAGAACUGGCCGUCCUGAGCUUACUAUCAUCUCCAGGAAGGUCGAGGGCCGGCCGUGCAUGGACGUAAAUGAUGAGGACAUACGGCGUUGGCAAUUCUGUAUCGGUGGGGAGGCGAGUAGGGCUCACCAGGAGAGCCUGCGGGAGAUUAUAAAUCAGAUUAACGAUCUUAGCCAAGGAGAUGAAUGGAGCAUUGUGUCGAUGGCUGAGUAACACAAGACUCUGAUGAGAGCGAUUAUACAAAGGUUCUCGUUGAGCCCGUGCAAGAUUGGGUAGAUGCAUGGCUAGAACGUCGGAGGUCAGGUCCCAGUAGAGAGCUUGGGAUACUUUGACGGGCA